AGUGGGUGAAUGGCAAGUGGCAAAGAUGAUCAUAGCUCGAGUCGAUGCGACAGGCGUUGAGCUGUGAUCCAAUUUGCGACAGAUCAGCGAUUCGGGAGAGGAUCAAGAGUUCACGCAUACCCAGCCGUUGGUGCAAGUAGCCGUUUCAACGCACCCCAUGACCAUCUCGGCCUGCACGCCAAGCUUGAGUACACCGCGCCCCUUUCUCUGCCUUCCAUCGCAUCAGCAUGAAUGGCGACGCGGCGCCUUUCGCACGUUCGAAGCGUCGCGCAGCUAUCGAUAGGCUCGCUGGCUGCGCAAUAGGCGCUGGCGUGCUAAUCACGAUGUCCUUGAUGCUAGCAGACAGGCUCGCACUUGGUCGAACAUGGAAAUGGAGCGCCAGCAGAUCGUCAAGAAGCGACACCUAUUCGCAGGAGUCAGGCCUGAGGCAAGCCAGUCGCGAAGAGUCUGCCUUUGACUCGCGAAGUUUUGAGCAUGGCAGCUGGAACAACCUCGAGACAGAACAGGCGUCGGAAGCAAGGCGACUGCGCAAGAGAACUGUCGGCCAGGUGCUCGUACGGUGCGCCAAGGCCUCGUAUCGAAUGUUGCAUGCGGCCCAGUGCAGCAGCACAGAUACUCGCGUUGUCGAGCCAGAGCCGCAGGUGCGCAACACGGGCGCGAUCACGAAAUCGGAAUGGCGGGCAGCACUGUACGAAGCUAGGAGUCGCAAGAGCGGCAUGACUGGAGCAAGGACCGUCGCUCUGAUGCAGCUGAAACCUCCUGAUUCUAUCGCCAAAGCUCGCGCUCGUGAAAGACAAGCGGAACGAUUGCUAGGCAUGGCGUCCCCGGCUCGCUUGUCGCGUUUGGGGAGCAAGUCCAAAACCUUCACAGCUCCUCAAACAGGGCAUGCAGACCGUGUCAGACCUUUCAAGCCUGCGCCAGGCAGAUCUUCACCUCCUCGGCUUCACAAAGGACAGCCGUCCACACAUGGCCCGCUCGCGCAUUCUUGGCCAAACGGGCACAUCGACGGCGCCCCACACAUCAAGAACGAAGUGGACCCCUUGGAACCUUCGCUGAUAGUGGCUCAUACUGACCGUGUCGAAGAUGCUUGGCCCUUACCCGAGCACAGAGCGCAGGGCUUUAGGGAGGCGCCUGUAUUGCGCUUGGGACAACUGCACAUCUACGAUGCUCCUCGAAUCAAGAUGAAAAUCCCCUAGAGCGGCCGAGAUCAUGCGGUCUACCACACAUUUGCACCGAAAACAGAGGACUUUCGAGGACGAGUGCUGCAACGUGAAGUAAGCGUAAGACUGGUUUACUUGAGAGGGGUAUGAGAGGGCGGAAAGCUGAAGCAGUGGGGGUGUGGAGGCGCAAAGUGGUGCGCCUUAGAAGGCGUAUGAGAAGGUCUUGGUGAACGUCGAGAGGAACAGAUGCUUGCCCUUGAUGAUGGGUGUUAGCCACUCCCCACUGCAGCAAUGUCGACAGGUAUCUCCAGUCAGCAACAAGCCGCUCGU